AUGUCUUCUAAUUCACAAGUUCCUAGUUCUCAACAAAAACCUCUCGAGAAAAAACUUACUCUUCCUUCUCGCGAGACUCUUUCCUCGUUGACUUCACUUCCCUUCGUUGAUACUCACACACACCUUCAUUACGUGUUAGAGCGUCUUCAAUCCACUCCACUCAGAAUUGAUGAUUAUUCGACACUACGUAACACGCAUUUUCCAUCAAAUCUUGAAUUCUGUAUAAAUGUUCUCUGUGAUCCUGAAACAUUCGCUGGUGACACUCUUUUCCCGAAUACUUUUAUGGAUUGGCGUGUACAAGCUUCCGAACCUUAUAUUUAUCUUGCGGCUGGAGUUCAUCCUCACAAUGCGAAGGUUUAUAAUGAUCAUAUAGAAUCGUUAUUGCUCACUAUCCUACAGCAUCCGAAAACCGUGGCAUUAGGUGAGAUUGGAUUAGAUUAUCAUUAUGACAAUUCGCCGCGUGAUGUGCAAAAACAAAUUUUCAUUCGACAAUUGAAAAAAGCUGUUGAACUUGACAAACCGCUUGUGAUUCAUACACGUGAGGCAGAACAAGAUACCUAUGAUAUUUUAACAACACAUGUGCCACCUCAUUGGCGAAUUCAUGUCCAUUGCUUUACUGAUUCACCAGAAUUCGCAAAACGCUUGAUUGAAUUCUUCCCAAAUCUGUAUAUUGGAAUUACUGGAGUAGUGACAUUUGGAAGUGCAAAGAAUACUCAAAAUGUGUUGAGAGAUGUUGUACCAAAGUCGAGAUUUUUAUUAGAAACUGAUGCACCGUACAUGAUACCUUCAAAAUUGAACAGGAAUAAAAAAUCGAAUGAGAAGGUGGCCGUAUGUCAUUCUGGAAUGAUUCCGUUUAUCGCUCAAAAAAUUGCAGAAAUAAAAGGUGUCGAAAUUGAUGAGAUUAUGCGGUUAGCAAGAGAAAACACUAGAAAUAUGUAUGGAUUAUAA